UUUCAGUGCAUCAUUUGUGAAGAAAAUACUACAUUUUCACGUAAAUAAACUAUAAUGCCCAAACGUAAAGCGGAGUACGUAGUGGAGGAGGAUAAUUAUCUCGACGAUUUGGUUCAAGACAAGCAGAACAAUCAACCUUCCACCAGUAAGCACACACUCGAUUCGGACGAGGAAGACGACAGCGGCGACGAUGCACCAUACAACGUUCUGGAUGACAACGAAAUCGAUGGCGAGGAGGAUGGAAUCGCACGCACGGACGGUGAAGUUAAGAUAACGCCGUUCAACAUGAAGGAGGAGAUGGAGGAAGGCCACUUCGAUGUCGACGGUCACUAUCUGUGGAAGAAGACGGCCGAAGUGAAGGACCACUGGCUGGACAACAUCGAUUGGGUGAAGCUGAAGAACGAUCCGACCUACAAGGAGCGUCCGUCGGGUUCGGGCGAGGGUGAGCGCGGACUGGCGGAUUCCGACUCGGACGACGAGGACGGAGAGCCGGGCGCAAAGUUUGACGAUAUUGGCACCUACCGGCAGAUGCUGGAGCUGAUGGAACCGAAGGAAACGGUCAAGCGGGCCCUCCAACGGUUGGGUAAGGGUACGGCGAGGUUAACCACGGCCCAGCGGUGGAAGCUGAAAAAGGAAGGCAAAUCGCCGGAGGAAGCGAGCGGUAAGAUAACGAAGUUGACCGCGCUAUCGAACGACAUUCUUACCAACAGUGGCAACAUGGACGUGUACGAGGAAACGUUCGAAAUGAUACAGAAGAAAGUGACCGAUGGGGAGCGCAGGCAGGGUCGGUCGGCGGGAGGGGGUGCCGCCAACGAAGAGGAACUCGACAUGUACGCCGAUGACUUCGAUAGCCGGGAAAAGAAUAAACUGGGCACCGACGGUAAAGUUCAGCAAGCGGACACUUCUAAAACAUCCCCCGGCACCGAUGGAGGCGGAAAAACGACUGAACAGAAGACGAAAGAGGAGGAGGAAGAGGAUGGUGAGAAACCGAAAGCGCCGCUCAUGUGGGAAUACAAGGAACAGCAGGACGCGGAAGCGGUGCAUGGCCCAUUCACGACGGAACAGAUGCAAAAGUACGCCGACGAGGGCCGAUUUAGCAGUGGUGCUUUCGUUCGCAAGGUUGCCGACGAUGACGCACGGUUCUAUUCUGCUGCUCGAAUCGAUUUCGAUUUGUACCUGUAAUGCAACAAAUAUAAACAUUAAUAAACCAUUCAUCUAAAACAUGCCGUUCU